AUAUAUAUAAAAUAUAUAUGCAGAGAAAGGACGUAAACUCUUCUUUUUCGCAACACCUCCGCCAUUGCUGUUCCUCUUGUGUAGUAUAUCUUGGCUUCUGCAUCGUUGUUUUGAGCCAGGGAGAUUACCUGCAAUCACAAUAACCUGCAAACACACCAAGUGUAGAAGAAGAGAAGUAGCUAGGAGAGAUGGGAGUUGGCUCGCUUCGGCAUUCUGUAUUGUUUUUCUUGUUUCUUCUCUUUAGUUCAGGUUCAAGUGUUCCAAAGAAUCCUCCUUUGGAAGCAACCCACCAAAGCAAAACGCAAGUGAAUCAAGAAAAACAUAUAGUUUCCUCAUCUUCGGUGUAUACUACCCAGCUCGAUGAUAUUCCCAUUGUCAAUCCAAGUCCAACAACAACAACUCCCACACCAUUUGUGAACCCAACAAUAUCCCCACCAUCACCAACCACAACUCCAACCACAAUACCACCGACCCCGCCCCUAAGCCCGACAACUCCCACCACAACUCCAACGUCCCCGACAACUCCCACCACAACUCCAUCAUACCCUACAACUCCCACCACCACUCCAUCAUCCCCGACAACUCCCACCACAACUCCAUCAUCCCCGACAACUCCCACCACAACACCAUCAUCAGGUGGUACUUGGUGUAUUGCAAGCCAAUCUGCUUCACAAAAUGCCUUGCAGGUAGCUCUUGAUUAUGCUUGUGGCUAUGGAGGAGCAGACUGUUCAGCAAUUAAUCAAGGUGGAAGCUGUUAUAACCCAAACACUCUUCACGAUCACGCUUCCUACGCCUUCAACGACUACUAUCAGAAGAACCCAUCUCCUACCAGCUGCAAUUUCGGUGGAACAGCUCAACUCACCAACACUGACCCAAGUACUGGUAGCUGUCGCUUUGCAUCUUCCUCAUCAUCAACCAGCAUGAACUCACCACCGACAACAAUGACACCACCAACGCCAACGAUGUCAACAACACCACCAACAAUGACAUCCCCAUACACCCCAAGCAUCGCUACACCAGGUGGAGGAUCAACAAUUUAUGGUGACUCGCCAACAGAAUCCCCGAACUCAGCAACCUCUAUCUCAUCUUGCAUGCUACCGCUAUUCAUCAUGACUGGGAUCUUGGGGUCAUUUCUCGCAGAAAAUUAUGUCUAAAGGGAAACUAAGUUUCAGCUAUUCUAUUGGCGGUUAGAUGGCAAACCAUUCAUUUGCCAGCAUCCUACAUAAAGUUCAACGAGGCCCUGAGAUCAAAAUGAGCUACUAUGUUAUCGCUAGGCCUUGUUCCUCACCAUUUAAAUUACUACCAUACUUCAUCUAUGUACACCCAAUAGUUGACUAUUAAGCCAAAGGACAGAAAAGCAUAGAUAUUUUUUAGGUUCUUGUACGUGUAGGACAUAUAGGUCCUUUAUCUCCAGUUUUAGUACAAUAAAUUAUUAGUUAAGGUCACCA